AUGACCGACACAGAAGAGGACAAGGCCGAUGGACCACGUUGGCUCGUCAACAUCGAGAAAAGUAUAGAGGAAGACGUUGACGAGUAUUCCUCGAAAUCUCCAUACUAUCAAAUCGUCCGCGAUAUGCUCCUCGCUCCCAAAGAUAGCGAAACAGCAAUUCCAGAUGCCGUGAACAGAUUUUAUGAUCUCUACAUCUCUACUGCUGACAAUGAGAGAAGAGAACCACCUGAUUAUAUGGCUGGUUUCAAACUGAACAGUAUGGCGAGCAUCGUGUUUGAGACUGUUCGGGACGUCUUUUAUACAACCUUUGAGCAUGAUCGGCUUGCGGAGUUCUUGAUUGGUAUUAAGGAGGGAGCUGCGGCUGAGUAUGACUUUGAGAGUCCUCAGUUUGUGUAUCACAGUUGGGGCCUAGAGGCGAUUGUAGAGGAGAGCUGGAAUGCCAGUCGUGUUGAUGGAAAGACACACCAUCUCGCAGAUGAAUCAGAGGAGAUCUGGUCAGAAGGAUGGCUUAACAUAUCUGGCCUCAUCUCCAAGCUCUACCGUGGAGGUCUACUAGAUACCGAUGGCGCUCUCUGGGUGUCUACAGACUUACAGAACGCUCUUGAGACAAAAGAAGACGAGAACGUGUCUUCUGAUGCGGGCCGUCAAGCUCAAGUUCUGGCUGCGAUCAACCAUAUCCUCAUCGCUGGAGAGGUGUUUGCAAAGGAUGUUAAGGCGGCUAGUGUAGAAGAAAAUGCUGAUUUGAAUGCGGAAAAGUGGAAGUUCUGGGCUGAUAGGAUGAAGGAGGUUGCUGAUACGGUGGAUGAGAGCGCGAGAUGGAACUUGAAGGAAAGGGCAGAAGAAGGCCAUGAUGAGUUAGUGGAGCUUUUGCUAGAAUAA